UUUUUUUUUUUGUACAUCAUCUAUCGCGCGUAUAUAUUACAAUGACUACAUACAGUGACGAAACAAUGACUUAUUCUCAAACAUUAUCACAACAAAAGCUCGUUGCUGAAAGUUGUAUGGAUUUAUUCUUGAUAGAAAUGGUAGAUACUAUUUGUAGAACAACUAUUACUGAACCUGACGCUGAUAUUGACGCUGUCUUUUACAAGUUGGAAAAUCUGGGUUACUCUGUAGGUCAACGCUUAAUAGAAAGAUUUACACAAGACCGACCUCGAUUCGUGGAUACUUUAGAUGUGGUCAAGUUUAUAUGCAAGGACCUUUGGACAAUCAUGUUCAAGAAACAAAUCGACAAUCUAAAAACGAAUCACAGGGGUGUAUAUGUACUUCAAGACAACAGUUUUCGAUGGUUUAUGCGACUUUCAACAGAUGUAGGAGGUGCUGAUUCCGCAAAAAAGGCUUCACCGUAUCUCUGGUUUCCUUGUGGUAUUAUUCGUGGUGCAUUGGCCAAUCUCGGUGUAUCUAGUGUUGUUGUAGCGGAAACUUCCAAUCUUCCUCAAUGUACCUUCCAGAUCAAAAUAGCCAAAUAAACGAGGAUUUCCUUACCAAAUCGCUAUUGACUCUCUCUCCAAUUCUAUCCAUCUUGAACAUCAUAUCUUCCUUUUUCAGUUUAGUUUAGUCUUGUCCAGUUUAUUUAUUUAUUCUAUCAUGUACAUUACAUUACCUAUAAAAUUAUUCUUAUAUUUAUACCACUUUA